UUGAUUUUCUUUCUUUUUAGUCCUCCAAGUGAAAGAAGAGACGUGGCAGAUCGUAAGGAACCGAAUUCAGUUCAUCCUCUGCAUCUGCUCACCUCAGAGUUAAGACUCAUCAACGUCCACUCAACGAACUUCCAAAUUCCCACACAAACUUCUGUGCAGACUCUCACUCUCUCCACUACACAAAUUUCCAUGGCGGCCUCCUUCACCAUACCCCAUCUUUCAUUUUCACCUCUCUCUUUCUCCAAUUACCUUCAUCCAACUCUCUCUCUUCCAUCCCAUUCCAAAAUUUCAUCCAUUUCUUUCGGUGCUAGCUCUCGAUGUUUUAACAAAUCCCACUCUCCCAAAGAAUCAAACAAACCCUUUUUCAGAUUCCCCUCUUCCCAUCGAAGGUUUCUUCCUAUGGAUUCUUCACAAUCUUCAUCUACCUACAGAGACGUUCUUCUGAAAUCGGCUGCUUCAGAUGGUGGUGUUUCCACUUCUUCCUCUCUCUCUCAAACUGUAUUUGGGGUAAUUCAUUUGAUUGUUUCUCUUGGAAUUAUUGUUGCGACUGAUAAGCUUUUGAAAGGGGCUUUUGUGGCUGCUGCGAUUAAGUUUCCUAGUGCAUUGUUUGGGAUGUUUUGUAUCUUUUCUGUUUUGUUGGUUCUUGAUUCUACUAUUCCUGCUGCUGCUACUGGUGUUAUGAACUUCUUUGAACCGGCUCUCUUGUUUAUUCAGAGGUGGCUUCCUUUGUUUUAUGUUCCAUCAUUGGUUAUUUUACCCUUGUCUGUGAAGGAUAUCCCUGCGGCUUCUGGGAUCAAAAUUUGCUUCAUUAUAGUUGUAGGUUGGCUAGCUACUCUGUGUGUUGCAGGAUACAUGGCUAUAGCUGUUAGAAAUAUUGUAAAAACAGAAAUGACUGAUGCUGAGCCUAUGAAAAAACCACCUCCCUUUUCUUCAGUUGAAAUGUGGAGUUGGACUGGAAUUUUUCUGGUGUCAUUUGUUGCAGCUUUGUUUUAUCCAACAGCACUAGGGACAAGUGCGCGAACAUUCCUUCCGUUCCUCCUUGCAUCAACUGUUUUAGGCUAUAUUGUUGGUGCUAAUUUACCAGGCAGCGUGAAGACAGUUUUCCACCCAAUCAUCUGUUGUGCAGUCUCUGCCGAUCUCGCUGCUCUGGCUUUUGGAUACCUUUCUCGCUCUGGGCUUGAUCCAAUUCUAGCUUCAUAUUUGACAAAAACAUCAUCUAACCCUGGAGCUGGUGAUAUUCUAAUGGGAUUUUUGGGAUCUGUUAUCCUCUCCUUUGCUUUCUCAAUGUUCAAACAAAGAAAGCUCGUUAAAAGGCAUGCGGCUGAGAUUUUUACCUCUGUCAUUAUCUCAACUAUAUUUUCAUUGUACUCAACUGCUCUUAUUGGACGUUUUAUUGGAUUAGAACCGAACUUGACUGUUUCAAUCCUACCAAGAUGUAUAACUGUGGCAUUGGCACUCAGCAUUGUGACAUUUUUUGAAGGCACCAAUGCAUCUGUCACGGCUGCUGUGGUUGUCGUCACUGGUUUGGUUGGGGCAAAUUUUGUCCAAGCAACCCUUGAUAAUCUGAAGUUUCGUGAUCCUAUCGCCCGGGGAAUUGCAACUGCUUCUAGUGCACACGGGCUUGGAACAGCAGCAUUAUCGGCCAAGGAACCAGAGGCUCUCCCAUUUUGCGCCAUUGCCUACGCUUUGAAUGGAAUAUUUGGCUCUUUGCUUUGCUCACUUCCAUUAGUUAGGCAAAGCUUGAUUGCCAUUGCUGGUUGAUAUAAAGCCAAAAUCUCUUGCUCUCUAUCUCAUUUCUAAUCAGUUUGGUAAAAGGAAGGAAAAUGAGGGAAGCAUGAACUUUGUACAGAGAAGUUGUUGAUCUUCUAGUUUAUUUAUUUUAUUUUAUUUUUAUUUUUUCAUCUGAAAAUUCAAAUUCGUUAUUUAAAAAGCAAUUUAUUUUAAUUUUUCUUUUCUGCA